UAUAUGCAUUUAGGUUUUGAUCUUGAACAACCUUACUUGAACGACGAGAUAGCAGUCCAGGAGGUUUUUCUGUUUACAAUAAUUAACAUUGUUAUUUUACAAUGUCUUAUUUAAUUCAGAAAGAAUACGUGAAAUAUGAAUGUACCUGUGGUUCUCUAAAGCCAAUUUCCAAACUAUAUUUUUGCAGACACUGCUUAGAAUUAAGAUGUGGUUAUUGUGUCUGUCAUGAAGUAGAUUCACACUACUGCUCCAAUUGUAUGGAACAUUUACCAUCCGCUGAAGCUAAGUUUAGAAAAAAUAGGUGUAACACAUGCUUCGAUUGUCCAAACUGCUUCCAUACUCUCUCAGUGAGGGCUACUACAAGGAGCGCUGAAGACGGGAAUACAAAGACACCAACAAAACAUUAUUAUCUUGCUUGUUUUUUUUGUCGCUGGACGUCAAGAGAUGUCGGCAUACCUGACCAAACGACCGGGACAGGGAAUUGGCCAGUGAAGGAACUUCCAUUUCAGGAAACUUUAAAUUCUUACCUAGAAUAUUACAAAGUUUUAGCGAUGCGAGAAAGGAAUUUGAAAGAAAAGAAAACUUAUAGCAGUCCAUUAAUUAGAGGUUAUUCUUCGUUUUCAGAAAAAUUCGGUCUUACUUCUAUGAUCGCAAGAAAACGAGCCGGUCUCCCACCCUUAUCUCUUGGUGGUAAGGAGAAUACUCAGUCAAGUCUGCCUAAAAUUGUCCCUUCUGUGGCUGUAGAUGAUGUCGAACCCCUUCCAGAUACAUAUUUUACUGAUCUUACCAAAAUCACUACGCUCUCACAAAGACAUUCUUAUCCAAUGCUGCAGGCCGAAACAAUUACCUCAUUGCAUCCACAGCAUAGGCAUUUCUAUAUCAAAUGUUCGCUGAGGUGUAGAAGAUGCGAACAUAAUGUAUCCAAGCCAGAAUACAAUCCUGGUUCUAUUAAAUUCAAGAUACAAUUAGCUGCAUAUUACCACAUGCCUGAAGUACGCAUAAUGACAUUUGAACCACUGAAGAUUGGAAAACCGAGUGAAAUUAUCCUUAAAAUAACCAACCCGACUCAACAUUUGACAUCUCUUCAGUUUGGCUCUCUUAUCAACAGCGAGGAAAGAAAGAAUUUAAAAACAGAAGAAAUUUCUGAGACUAAAAAGGAAAAGCUUCCUUUAGAACUUCCCAGACCAAUUAGGAAUUUACAAAUCAAUACAGAUGUUGAACUUCCUCAAUGCUCAGUGAUAUUACCACCAAGAGAUGAUGCGGCUGAAUAUGAUGAUUCUGCUGACACACAUAACUUCCAAGAUGAUACCAAAGUUGUGGUGUGGCGAAAAGGGAAUAAAGUUGCAGUGAAGAUGAAAAUAACACCUCAAAACGGCAUGGAAGGAGGAGAGGAAUCUAUUUUUGGAUUUUCGAUGGAAUAUGGCUAUGUCAAUACAAUGCCAACUUUAGAACAGAAGCAGCCGCUAAGAGCAGAAAUACAAGUGAAUCUUUUCAUUUCCCGGGCCACGUAUCAUCUUCGCAGGAUUAAUUAACCUGUAAUCGAUCUGAAGAGUUUCUUGGAUGAAGCCCUUAAAGCAAUUGUAACUGAUACCUAGAAAACUUGCUAGAUAUCUGCAUACUCUUGUGAUCAACAAUAUUCAAGCAGCACUACUAUGUUUAUUAGAACUAGCACAUUAUGAGCAUUAUACAAUUAUUUUGUAUAUUUAUUUAUUUAUUUCUUUGAUUGAUAAAUUAUAUAUGCACACUUAAUAUUAUGAUAUCACGGUAUUUGAAAUCAACAUAGAUUUAUAAUAUUGUUGGCAUUUAAAAUGUUUAAUGUUUCUUCUUUGAUUUAUCAAUAUAUUCUCAAAAGUAAAAAAGUGCAUUUAACUAUGAUUAUUUUAAAAGUUGGGUUAAAUAAAAGCUUAUUAAUCGAAAUGGAAGAAAAAUUUGUUUGCCUCAGUAUAUAAGCAAACUUAUAUUUAACCAAAGGAGUUUUCAUGAAUAAAUCUAAGGGUUCCAUUUAUACUUUAUCGUUGAGAGCAUAAUAAAUACUAUUUCCAUUCCUAAUCAAAUAAAAACUUAGUGAUUGAAGUACAUGUAACUGUUAUGCAUGUUGUUUUUAAUAAGUAUCCAUUUUUUUUUUUUGCACAUUUUCAAAUGAUGAAAUAAUAUGAUUUACCACUUCAUAUUUAUUCAUAUAUGGUGAUAUUAGUUGUCAUAUAAGUAAUGGAAAUAAAGUGUAGUAACUUUUACUAUGUUUGAUCUCCAAUUUAUAACUAUUAUGUAACUAAUAAUUUUGUGUUUUUCUAAGGAAAUUCACAUUUUAUUUAUUUUUUUGGCAUUGAAUUCUUAUAUGAAUCAUAUUUAUUUACUUCACAUUUUGUCUGUAUUUUGUUCUUGUGAUAUUUAUUUGUAGUAAUUUAUAAUUUAUUUCUUAAACAAUUGCAAGACAAAAGUAUUGCAUGAAACUAUAAAAUAUCAUGUAAGUUAAUAGUUCUUUUUUAAUAUAAUAAAAAAAAAAUUAAGAAGUGAAAUAAUAUAUCGUCUUAUUAACAGAAAGAAAGUAAAUUUUUGUUCUAACUUAAAUUAAAACAUUUCAUAAAAAUGUAUUUAUUUUGUUAUUUAUGCAAUAUUUAGCAAGCCAUGCUGGAAAAAUGAAAAAUUAAAAUUUCAGGCAUCAAAUCAAAUCACUCAGUUAAAUUAAAUAAUUUGAACAAUUUGUUGGAUGAUACAUGAUAUAAUUCAUUGUAAUUACAACAAACAAUUUAUUUAUGCUAUUCCAACAAAAACCUUUUUUCAAACAGCUUUAGUUGAAGAUAAUUAUUCAAUAAAGAAAAUGAAAUACAUAGUUCACAAAAAAUUAGUUGGUAAAUUUUUAUGUAAAAUUUAUUUAUUAAUUGAUACUUGUUUGUCUUAUAUGUGAAUAUAGAUUAACAAAUUAUUUAUUUUGUUAUUUUGUGGAUAAAAUAUUUGUUAAUAUUUAAUAUUAAUUUUUUAUUAAUUUGUAAAUGUAUUUAUAUUAAUAUAUACUAUUGAAAUAAAAAAAAAUUAUAUUAAGC